ACCACCACCACCACCACCCACCGCGCCACAUCACGCACACGCGCGGCAAGCAGCACCGCAAGCAAGCAAGCAGCAGCAAGCAGCGGCCUUACACCCUGCCUCGCAUCCCGCAUCCGCAUUCCGCAUCCAGCCAUAAGCAUCUCUCCAGCGUCGCAUCGCAUCAGCCCCGCCUCCUCCCUUGGCCAUCUGCGCUCUCUCCCCUCUCCCCCUCCCCUCCCCUCUCCCUUGCCGCCCCGCACGUCGCGCAAGGAAGGAGGAAGAGAUGCCGCACCUCCUCCUCCCUGGUGGGGUCUGGCACGCACACGUGCAUCUCGACAAGUGCUUCCUGCUCUCUUCUUCCGACGACGAGGGGGAGGGGGAGGGGGAGGGGGAGGGCGAGGGGCCCACGGGGUGCUGUAGGCUUGAGGAUGGGUGCGUUUGCGUCAAAGCGCGCGGCGAGCGCUUCAUCCGCGCGGCGCUCUCGCAUGGCGUUGUUGGGAUGCGCGCGCAUGUCGAGGUCGAUCCGACCGUCUUGCACGUGUGCCUCUCCGCAGGUCUCGCGCUCAAGCAGCGCUUCGCUUCGCGCUGUGCCGUUAACAUCUGCGCCUUCGCACAAGAUCCGCUUUUCUACGCCGACUCCGCAUACGAAAGCCAGAUGCAUUCCCUCAUGCGCCGCGCCGCCUCCCACCCGGACGUCCACGCGGUAGGCUGCACGCCAUACGUCGAGUCCUCGCGCUCCAACGCUCUCCGCGCACUGCGUUACAUCUUCUCCCUAGCGGAAGAGUUCGGGAAGGACGUCGAUCUGCACAUUGACUAUUCACUCGAUGCCUCCUCCCCUCUCCUCUGGGACGCGUUGGCGCUUCUCAAGUCGCAUUCCUGGGACGUCGAUGGGAGAAAGAGACGACUGACGAUGGGCCACGCCACCGUCCUCUCUCAAUUUGAUUCGCAACAGCUCGAUCGCCUAGCGCGUGAAUGCAGGGGGGAGGAAGUGGUGUUCGUCGCGCUGCCGAACAGUGAUCUUUAUAUGCAGGGAAGGGAGGUGCCGUAUGCGAAGCGCCCGAGAGGGACGCUGAAUGCGUUGGAAUUGGCGAGGAGGGGCGUGAGGUGCGCGGUUGACGUCAAUAAUGUGGGCAACCUCUUCACGCCGCAGGGCGACGGCGAUCCGCUCGCGCUGCUGCCGCUGCUGGUGGGCGUGUAUCAGUGA